UCAUUAAAACUGAGCUAACAAUUUAAUCAAACGCUAGUUUAAAUUAUAUUAGUCUUAUUUUAAUUAUUGAAAUUCAGAUUUGCCUGUCAGCUUUUUUCAAUGCAAAGAAAUGUAAAACUCAGCAUCUUUUUUAUUAUUAUAAUGUCCUUUGCUUUUGUUUUGAUACCUUCUUAAAUCUAAAGAUAGAACUUAAUCACGUGAUAUGAUAUCAUGUGAUUAUAAAAUGGAUUCUGCUACGAGCAAAACUUUGCUGUAUGCUAUUCAAAUUUAUUGCGUAUUCAGUUUAAUAUGUAGCGAAUAUGCUGUCUCAGAAUCUCCGAAUAUCAUUUUUAUUCUAGCAGAUGAUCUCCUAUAAUGCUGGAAAGAAAGAACCUUUACCAGCAGAUCACUGGAUUUUUUCCUAACUAAAUAAAAGGCGUCGACUGGCCCAACACCAUCUCCAAUGAAAGAUUACCAGGAGAAAUGCAAACGGAAGCCAUUUUAGAAAUUUGAAAAAAGAAAAUGGCUCUGGAUGGGUCACAAUUUGAGAAUGAGUUCAGAAAAUAUUACAGAAAUGAUGCUUAUCUGGACACUUCAGGGGAAGAAGAAAACAGGGAAGGCCAAGGGAGAUAUGGAGGCACACAGCAGAAAAACAAGAAAAUUGCCAGAGACAUGCAAAAGUGGAAAGAGCUUUCUGUGGUGACCCCAUGUGCCUUGGGCACAAAUGGGAAAAAUGAGAUGAUGAGUUAAAGGGCUGGGAUGAUGUCGGCUUCCAUGGAUCAGAAAUUCUUACACCAAAUAUAGACAAACUAGCACAAGAAGGUGUAAUAUUAAAUAACUACUAUGUACAGCAAAUGUGCACUCCCUCUAGGGGAGCUCUCCUAACUGGAAAAUACCCAAUACAUACUGGACUGCAGCAUUAUGUGAUAGCAGGCUCUCAACCAUAUGGCUUGCCUUUGUCAGACACAACCCUAGCUCAACAUUUACAAGCUUUUGGCUAUUCCACUCAUGCUGUUGGAAAAUGGCAUUUAGGAUUCUUCAAGAAGAAUUAUCUUCCAGAGAACCGUGGCUUUGACACCCAUUUUGGAUAUUACUUAGGGAAGGGGGACUACUUUGACCACUACAGUGAUGAUGGGGGGUUUAUGGGAUUGGACCUCCAUGAAAAUGGGAAGCCAGUUUGGAACCAGAGUGAAGUCUACUCUACUGACUUGUUCACAGAGAGGGCAACAUCGAUAAUUUUGUCUCAUGAUCAAGCAAAACCAUUGUUUUUAUAUUUGGCAUAUCAAUCUGUCCACGCUGGUAAUGAAGGAGACUUGAUUCAGGCCCCACAGAAGUAUAUCAACAGAUUCCCUCAGAUAAAAAAUAUUAAGAGAAAAAUGUUUGCAGGUGUAGUUUCUGCUUUAGAUGACUCCAUAGGACAGAUAAUGGAUGCUCUGGCCAGUUCUGGAAUGGCCAGCAAUACUGUAUUGGUCUUUAGCACUGACAAUGGUGGACCUGCCAAUGGCUAUGAUGGGAAUGCUGCGUGUAACUGGCCACUUAGGGGAACAAAAAAUACACUGUGGCAGGGUGGUGUGAGAGGUGUCGGACUAGUUCACAGCCCAUUGUUAAAAAAGAAAGGCUACGUCAAUGAAAACCUCAUGCAUAUUGUAGACUGGUUGCCAACCAUCAUGAGCAUUACUACAGGCAACACAUCUUCUCUCGAUAACAUUGACGGAAUCAACCAAUGGGAAGUGAUUUCAGAAAAUGCAACCACAUCACGCAAGGAGGUCCUGCUAAAUAUUGACCCAAUCAACAAAAACGAAGGGAUUAUUGUUGGAGAUUUCAAAGUUAUAUUUGGUGAUAUUUCUGAUGGGAAAAAUGAUGGGUGGUAUCCACCUUCACAAGAUGCGCAAGAUUUUUUUUACUUUUCUGAGUUCAACUUUACAGAUAUUCCCAGCUCAGUUUCUUUCAUUCCUCAGCGUAAAGCUGAUUUUACUAAUAUAGAAGAUUUAAUUACUUCAUUAAACACUGAGUAUGAGCUCCUACAAAAUAAAAAGCAUGGAUUAAUAUCAACUCUAAAUUUUAAGUCUAAUAGUGAUGUUAACUUACAGUCAAGUCAACCACAUAUUCAUCAGAAACUUAAGACAGAUGAUAUCAAUGUUGUAAGUCAGCACAUUAACAUUGCAGACAAUAAUAACCCUGCUAGUCACCAGAUUAACUGUGGGGUUAAACCAGAAAAUGCCUCAGUGAAUUGCCAGCCUGAGAAGGCACCUUGUCUGUACCACCUGAGGGAUGAUCCUUGUGAGUACCACAACCUUGCCCCCACCUUCCCUGGUAUUGUGAAACAGUUGAUGUUGAGACUGGAGGUGUACAGGAGGACCAUGAUCCCCCCUGCAAAUAAACCUAUAGAUCCUAAUGGUAACCCCCAGCUCCACGGGGGAGUCUGGACACCCUGGUUGUAGGACUUUAAAACUUGACAUUUGGAUUAGCACUUUCAUUAUUUUGGAACUUUGAAACUUUGUGUUUUACUACUUUGGCCAGUUAUUUUAGUACUGAGAUUAUUUAGGUUUUAAUGCUUGGUUAAUUAAUAAAAUUAAUGGAAUAAAAGGCUGUAUGUAGUAGCACUAUAAUGGAAUUGUUUGCUGAGGAUUUGAUUCUAAUUCAAUUUAUAUCAAACAAUGUAUAAUACUAGUUUUAUUUAUACCACAUGAUAACUAUAUAUAGUGAUGGGACUGGUGUUAGUGUUUGUUCACAUCCAAAUUAAAACACCAUGUGAAUGUCACUUUAGGCAGGUACCUAUGAACUGUUUAUAACAGUAAUUACUUAUAUUCAAAUUGCUAGUGUUUGUUGUCAUGUGAGUUUAAUAAAGAUGUGAGAGUUUGAGAGUAUGUGUGUAGUGGGAUUAAUAAAAGAUUCUGAAUGCUGACAAAGUAAAUAAAGAUGUGAAUUAGGAGAGUAUGGGCUGGUUGUUAGGAAAGUAGUUGAAGUCAGUCUGAGUGUUGUUGUCGCGUUAGGUUGUAGAAUUCAUCGUCCUGUCUGUCGUUAAUGUAGCCGUGUGUAUUGUACAUAAUAAAAUAUGGAAAUAUA